UGAAACUCUCAGUUAUUUGAGUUAUUCUUUAUAUGAACUUUUCUGGAAAAACAGAAUGUAACUUCACCAUCCAACUGCUCUUGAAGAUAAACAUCAAAAACUCAUAUAAAAAGGAGCUAACUCCAAGCAACAUUCAUCCAGAAGGAAAAAGGAAUCUCCAGGAUUCAGAAGAUAAACAUCUGCAAGCAUUGUGCUACUGCUGUUCCAUUACUCUUCAGGUGAAUUUCUGAAUCAUGAGAAUGAUAUUUCUACACACCGUCGUCUUCUUAUGGAUCCUCUGUGGGGUUUCCGCUCAGUAUCGGAAUAUUGCCCUUCAAGGUCGAGCAACUCAGUCCACAAUUAUAAAUGACCAACGCUAUGGCUUCCUGGGAGCAGCAGUAAAUGCAAUAGAUGGGAACCAGGAUCCGGAGGCUUUCCAUGGUUCCUGCUCACAUACACACUAUCACCUGUCUCCGUGGUGGAGGGUGGACCUCCUGAAACCCUACAAAAUUGCCUACAUCACAAUCACUAACAGAAACGAUUAUAGUUCUAGAAUAAAUGGUGCAGAAAUUCUCAUUGGAGACUCUCUAAGUGACAACGGAAACCAUAAUCCCAGGUGUGCUUUGAUUACCUCUAUCCCAAGCGGAGCAACACAGACCUUCUACUGUCAUGGCAUGGCUGGCAGAUACGUCAAUAUCAUUAUACGUGGAAAGACUGAAUAUCUUACAUUAUGUGAAGUUCAAAUCUGGACCGCUGACAGUGACUGAAAAGGACCACUUAAAAAGAGCAACAGCUUAAUACAAUAAUUGAAGCAACUGCCAUCCUUUCUCUUUUAACUCUUAACCCACUUUGAGUCAGUUAUAGGAGGGCCUCUAUCUACCCCAAAAUACUUCUGAUACCAAAUACUUCUUAAUAAACAAUGUUCAAGAUUA